UCAACCAGUGACCAAUUUGUGUUUCUUGCCUUCCUUGGGUGGUGCAGAAUUUCUGUUUUGAUAUAACAUCUGAAAUCUUUGUAGUCUUAUGUUUAAGAUAAAGGCGUUUUUUUUUUUUUUUUUUUUUUUUUUUUUUUUAACUAAGCUUAAUGAGUUUUGUCAUUUCUGAAAGGAAAUGCACAUUUUUAUUGGCCAGUGUCUCCUCGGUUUGCUAAAGAUUACCGCCCCCUGUUGGCGGUUCUACUGCUCGUGUUCUUUCGGCAUUUUCCGGUGUAUCGCUUGCCGUAGACUUCAAAUAAACAGAAAUUCCGAUUGCCCUUUAUUUCUCUGGUCUAUCUGUCACAACAUUUUCGGGGAGGUUCAAAGCAAGUCGAGGGGAUUCCAGUGCAUCCAGUUGACGGGUUCCGUCGCUCGUGUGUCGCUUGGCGCGCGGCUGCGGGCUCCUCGGGUCCGCUUCUUUGUUCCGCGGCCGCUCGGCCCUAUUCGGUUCUUGUCGUUCCGCGAAGGAAUGGACGAGGCAGCCUCGGCCACGAAGGCACUCGGGCUGGAUGAACCGCCCAUCGGUGGAUCGCCGGUGGAAGGAGUGGGCUCGGAUACGGAGUCGGAGGCCGAAGUCGCUCCGAUGACUGUGAUGGCGGAACCGCGAAACAUCGACAUGAGAGCCGAACCCCUCCCGAACACAGACGAGGCCGAGGCGGCAUUUGCAGAGGUAACUGCAGUGACAGUGGCGGACGUUCAAGCUGCAGAGGACAACGUUUUCACCACCACUGUUGCCACGUCAGGAAGCCUUCCCGAGCACGUACUGAGUGGCAGAACCACUCUCCAGCUGGGUGAGGGGCUCAGCACCCAGAAGGCCACCCUGAUCGUGGUUCACACUGAUGGCAGCAUCGUGGAAGCAGCAGGCCUCAAGUCUGCUGCCACCAUCACGUCAGGCCCGCAGACUCCACCCACUCCCCUGACUCCACUGCAGGACAAAGAUUCUUGCUCCAAAUACAACUGGGACCCCUCGGUGUACAACAAUGAGCUGCCGGUCCGCUGCAGGAAUACAAGCGGAGUCCUGUACAAGAAUCGACUGGGAUCAGGAGGAAAAGGUCGCUGUAUCAAACACAGCCAGCAGUGGUUUACUCCCACGGAGUUUGAAGCUUUAGCGGGACGAGCGAGCAGCAAAGACUGGAAAAGGAGCAUCAGAUAUGCUGGCAGACCGCUGGCCUGCCUUAUACAGGAGCAUAUCCUGAACCCUCAUGCUGCUUCCUGUACCUGUGCAGCCUGCUGUGACGACCUGACACACUCACCAAAGGACGGCGACACAGUGACACCAGAAAGUAUCACCAUGACCGGCCCUGUCCGCCUCUUUGUCCCUUACAAGAGGCGGAAGAAGGACAACGAGCUUCCAGUGGUACCCGUCAAGAAGGAUCUCAGCCCCAUGAAGAACAUCCAGCUGACUCCAGGAACCACAUUCACGGUGUCCCCGUCAGGACAGUUUGCUGCCUCUAGCACGCUGACCUUUGACCGCGCGCCAACCAGCGACGCCGCCACAGCUACCAUCAUCUCAGACGGGACGGCGCAGAGUGACGUGUUCGCCAGCACCACAGUGCUCACCGCGUUGCCGGCGCUGGCUGUUGCUCCUCAGCCCAUCCAAGCCAAAGUAGCCAUGGCCUCCAUGGCCUCCAUGGCCUCGUCCCCGUCGGCCACGCUGGUGGCGGGGCUGGAGGUGGCGCCCGUCGGGGGUGGAUGUUCGGCAGUGAGCGAAGGCGAGAAGAACACGUGGGUUUACCUGGAGGAGCUGGCGAACACGCUGAUGAGCAACGUGCAGCAGCUGAAGGCUCUGAUAGAGCAGGCCAAAAGCUCCGGGGCCGAGGCAGGAGGGCCCAAAGCUGCGGGGGGCAGGAAGGAGUGUGGCCUCGGUCCGCCGUUUCAGAACCAGAUCUCCUUCCAGCAGCCGGACGACUCGGAGGCCAAGAGGAACUCCGACAUCACAGAGAUCAUCAUCAAUGAGAUGUGUGUGAACUGUGGUCGGAUGGCCAUGAGCGAGUGUACAGGCUGCCACAAAGUCAAUUACUGCUCCACAUUCUGUCAGAGGAAGGUGGGUCUCACAUGGCCACUCUUCAAGAAACCUCUUUUCUCUGUGGCUCUGAAUGUGUUUGAAAUUGCUUUCUCACUCCGGUCAUGGGCAGCUGUGUCAGCAAAUAACGCUAAAUAGAUGUUGAAUGAUGAAAGUCUACGUCCGUCUUCCCUGUGGGUGAGAGCUUUUGGUGCCCGUCUCCAGAGGUCGGCGGGCGAGAAGAGAGGAAUCAGUUCUAUCUGUUGUUAUUUUUAAUUUAAAUGGUUAUUAUCAUUACUGCCUCCAUCAGCCGGGGGGGGGGGGAGGCUGGAGAAGCUCCGCUCUGCUGUCAUGGCGAUACGAGCAUCGUCUCUGAGACACGACUCUGUGAAAUAAGAAUGAACGGGGGGCGUUUCCUGGCCCGUGUACUUCUGAUUUGUCGGCUGGACUAUUUUCGUUCUAAACUCAGAAAAGUAGAAGUAAAAUAAAGGUUUUGUCUUCUGUGAAGUUGAACAGUUUUUGCAGAGCUUCUGCUGACAAAACAAUUAUUUUUAUUUAUUUAAAGUAAUAAUUAGUAUUGCUUUAAUAAAAGUUAAAUAGCAGAAGUUCUCCGUUCAUUGAACAGCUCUUGUUCGUCCCGGGUGUCUUUAGAACUUUCUCUUUCUUUCGCCACAGGUCCCAAACGCACUUUUUCUCAUUUGAACCUAAUUGCCUCUGCAGUCUUAUCCGUUGCAGAUGCAGUCUUUGUAGAUCACCUGCAACACUGCCACAUUUCUUUGCCCAUGUGAUUUAACGCUCCUGAUGUGACCUUUGAAGACCAGGCUCCAGGGAGCAGCAUACGUUGAUGUAUCUCGUUGUUUAUGGGGGCAAGGCAAAUUUAUUUAUAUAGCACAAUUCAGU